AUCCCUCCCGCACUGCUCCCUCGGGACUUACCUGAGAGAUAACACGGUGAUCACACUUCGUUCCCUCACCUCGACCAUGUCUUCCAAUAACCCCCAACUCCCCACGGGCCCGCCCGCGUGGUUUAGCUUUGACGGCGCGUCGCUGAUCUACCAGGCGGGCGAGCGGCGGGUGUGGAAGAUCCGCGACGAGUACAUCCUCAAGCGCACGCCGACCACGAGCCACGGGACCAACUCGGAGGCGGUGACGCACCGGUUCGUGUCCGCGCAGACCAGCGUGCCCGUGCCGUUCGUGUACGGCGAGUGGCGGUCCGAGAACGGGCGGUGGCACUACCUGCUCGAGGGCCGCAUCGCGGGCCAGACGCUGGCCGACUGCUGGCCGCGCCUGACCAUCGACGACAAGCUGGACCUGGCCGAGCAGGUCGUGGAAUACAUGGCCGAGCUGCGCCGCUUCACCGCGAGCCACAUGCGCUCCGUGUCCGGCCACCGGCUACCCAACAACCUCUUCGUGCCCCGCCCCUUUCCGCAGGGCGCGAGGGGCUUCCUCAGCGGCACGUGGCGCACCGACGACGACAUCUUCGCGCGCGAGUUCCUCCCCGCGCUGCAGCACGCCCGCGUCGCGCCGGACGUGAUCCGCCUCCUGCGCCGCACCAUGCCGCCCUGCGCGGGGCAGCUGCAGUUCACGCACUGCGACCUGUACGUGGGGAACGUCAUGGUCGACUUUCUUCGCGGCGGGGGCCGGAGGCGCGCCGUCGUCAGCGCCAUCAUUGACUGGGAGAGCGCCGGUUACUGGCCGGCCUGGUUCCAGCACGCGCGCAUCACGCACGGGUGCAGUAAGAUCGAUGGCGACUGGAAGUACUUUUUAAGUCGGCUGCAGCGGGACACCAUCCCGUACGCGGAUCACGGCAGGGUGUGGUGGGAUACCGUGCACACGCUGCUGGAUCGCCCGGCCAGUCUUAAGGCCAGGGCGUGGCUGAGGCUGUUGGUGGGGUAUGUGAGGGGGGAGAGGGAUGUGAGCGAGUUGCAGAGGUAUCAGGAGAUGGAUGUUCAGGAGGAGGAGGAGGAGGUGGUGGUGGAGGCGUUUCGUGGCACCCUCCUCCCCCGCGGUCGUGGGAGGGGCGCGGAUGGGUAUUACAGCACCGCUAUUGGGGGUUUUCGGAGGCGCUGA